AGAAAAAAAAACCAAUCUUGGGAAUCGACCGACCAGCGACCUAUUCAUAGAAUCAACAAGAUUUGCCAGAACAGAAGAGAGAAACAAACUUAAAAGAAAAGCGAGUUUCCAUAAACACAAGAUGGUCAACAGGCUCCUCUCGAGUGCUCCUUGGUUCCGUCGAGCCCAACUACUCACCACUACUCCCCCCGCCAACAAAAAACUAAGCCCACUCCUACAACAACUACCCUCAUCAACCAGCGCACCACUUACCCAGCUUCGAUCAAAUACUCCUGCAUCCAGGAUGACUCUCUCUACCAAGUCAUACAACCAGUCCUUGUACACCCCGCUGGCUGAAUACGACCCUGAAGUUCAAAACAUCAUCAACGAUGAAACCUAUCGUCAAUUCUCAGGCUUGGAGUUGAUCGCAUCCGAGAAUUUAACCUCCUUAGCAGUCAUGGAAGCCAACGGAUCGAUCCUGACCAACAAGUAUUCUGAAGGACUACCGGGAGCAAGAUAUUAUGGCGGGAAUGAACACAUCGAUAAGCUGGAGAUCUUGUGUCAACAAAGGGCCUUGAAAGCCUUCAGAUUAGACCCCAAAGUAUGGGGUGUUAAUGUUCAACCUUACUCGGGUUCUACUGCCAAUUUUGCGACGUUCACAGCAUUAAUCAACCCACAAGACCGAAUCAUGGGUCUAGGUUUACCGGAUGGGGGGCAUUUAACGCAUGGAUUCUACACGGCGAAGCGCAAGAUCUCGGCCUCCUCGAUCUAUUUCCAAUCGUUCCCGUACAACAUCAAUCCAUCGAGCAAGUUGAUCGACUACGAGUACUUGGAACAGACCGCCAAGGUCUACAAACCGAGGAUCCUGAUCUGUGGCGCUAGCGCUUACCCUCGUGAUUGGGACUACAAACGUCUUCGAAAGAUCGCCGAUGAUCAGGGCGCUUACUUAAUGAUGGAUAUGGCUCAUAUCUCAGGAUUAGUAGCGGGACAAGUACAAAACAACCCGUUUGAAGAAUGCGACAUAGUGACGACGACGACGCACAAGACCUUACGAGGCCCACGGGCGGGCCUGAUCUUUUUCCGCAAAGACAAGGACGAGACGAUCGAGAGUCGGAUCAACAAUGCCGUCUUCCCCGCCUGUCAAGGAGGGCCCCACAACAACACGAUUGCCGGGAUCGCAGUCGCGUUGAAACAAGCUGCUGAUCCUAGCUUCCAAGAGUAUGCUAAGGCGGUCAUCGAGAAUAGCAGAGCUCUGGCUGCUCGACUCGUCGAGUUGGGCUACAACCUUCAGACCGAUGGGAGUGAUAACCAUCUCGUGCUUUGGGACCUUCGUCCGAUCGGACUCACCGGCUCCAAGGUCGAGAAGAUCUGCGAUCUAUGCCACAUUACGAUCAACAAGAAUGCAGUAUCAGGGGACACAUCGGCGCAAGUACCCGGAGGCGUGCGUCUGGGCACCUCGGCCUUGACCUCGCGAUCGAUGGGUCCUCAAGAGAUGGUAGAGGUGGCCAACUUCAUGCAUCGGGCCGUCCAGAUCGCGCUCGUCUUGCAACAGGAAGCCGGCUCUAAACAGCUCAAGGACUUCCUUCUUAAAGCCACUCAGGGCGAUGGACAGGGAAAGAAACUGCUCGAGCAGUUGCAUCUCGAUGUCGGCCAAUUCAGUCGUCGGUUCGGACUCCCCGGCGUCGACGUCAACUCGAUCAAAACUCCCGACAUCAAGUCUUGAUCUCUUCCUCUUCCUCGUUCCACAUCAUCUAUAUAUCGUUCUUCUCAUUUUUUUUGUUUACUUGAGCUCAUCUCUCUAUCUCUCAAUAUCUUUAUCAUUCAUAUCCUUCUUUACUUCUUCCAAUUCUUGAACUAUUUUCUUAACCAAAAACAAAACAAAAUAUGAAAUGAAAUGCAUUACUCAUGAUGAAGAAGAAGCUGAAUCCAAACAGCCCAACUCAUCCACAUAUA